CCUCCUGGCACUUAACAGCGUACACUAUAUUACUCUGUUUGUGUCGGGGGACCCGAUCCUUGGGGUGGACCAAAUUUUUGUUUUUUAGUUUUCAAAAAGACAAGACAUGAGUUAAACUCAAGCUCUUUUUAUUGGCCACAAAGAAGUGAUGUCUGUGGUUGCAAAAAGGGGCUCUCAUCUUAUAGGAUUCUAUGGCAAAGCAGUCCUGGGCCAUGACAUCACUCAUUUCCAGUCAUAUUGAAGUUUCAGAAAGGAGGAUUUCCCAGUUGCCUGUCAGUCACAAGUUGUUAACCACCACCAUUAACCAACAUAGUCCCCCUCAUUCUUGUCACAUCUGGUUUCACAACGCCAAGAUGGUGGCAAAAAAACAGAUUUUGAGGUUUUGUGGGGAACAUCAUGGUAUCUGCAUCCAUCUUUUGCUGUCUACUGUCAUUCCCCAUAGACACUCAUUUUAAAAUACCCAACUUUAGAGCUUUAGAAAGCUCACAGGUUGAGCUCAUCCACUUGGAUACUAGAGUUUAUCUAUCUGAUGAAUAGGUGUCAUGACAAAGGUAGGUGUCAGGCAUCUAAAUAUGGUCACCUCUGGCUCCAAAAAAUAAUAAAGAACGUGGUCCAAAACCAGUGAGUAAUAUCACUGUGGCUACAUGGAUCUUUUUGUAAAGCAGUUUAUGACUGCAUGAGCAUUUAGCAUGUAAAGCGUCUAGCUCCUAAAAAUCUUAGUUGUGAUGCCCUCAUCUGAGUACUUAAAAAACCAACUCCUCCCUCAUGUUAUUUUUUCUCAUGUUAUGACGAGAGAUCAGAUUACUGUCAGCAAGACCAAGAAGUAGGUUUCUGGGUCAUUAAAAGCUGCCCAAAGCUGAACCUGGGAAAGCCUUUCUUCACCAGUGAACUAAAUUAUGUAAAUGUGUUCUCACCUCUAGAAACUGCCACUCAAGUGUAAACCACAAUGCAGUGUUUCCCCAUGCUCUCUGCUGUAAUAUUUACUCGUCUCCAGGUAACGUUUUGAGCUACUGCGAGCUUAAUUUGCACAUGACAUGUCGAAGCAGUAGAAAAAAUGAGAGUUGGGUGCACCACUGAUACCCACAGCUUGUCACAACUGAUCGGCCUGAAAGCGGCGCUUGUGGUGGUAUAAACACUCUGACUUCCUGUUUCUGUGUGGGAACUGUUUAUGUGUAUGCAUCUACCAUUUAGCGCAAAGAGGCAUCUUCCUCCUAGUAACCCACUGAGCAUAUGAGCUGUAGGCGUAAUCAGCAGACUUCUAAAAGUGAGGGCAACAAAUCAUAUCAGACUUUGUUUUGCACAGCAUGGUACUGUGCGUUCUAUUUCAUGUGUGCACUGUUCUUAACAGCAGAACAUCUUUUUUUUUAUAUAUAUUUUGGGAAGUAGCUUUUUCAUUUCUGGAAUAGUUUGAUGAGAGAUGCCUUUCCAUAAAAAGCUUUCCUCUGAACUUCCAGAUUCUGUUCCAGAGUGUAGAACAAGUGGAGCUACAAGAGACGGACCCAUGAAGCAUGACAGGGUGGAGCUGAGGCUCAGCUGACCCUUCCCCUUCCUUCUUCUCCUUAUUCUCCCCAGUGCUCCAUUCGAUCAGCACCAACCCCCUCCCUUCCCCUCGUUGCCCCUUCCUUCCUCCCGUGACCCCGUUGCAUCUCACCCAUCGUUCCUUGCCUCCAAUUCCUCCAGACCUCAAUCAACCGUGCCCAAUGUACUCCCCGGAGCAGGAAAACAUCUCCACCACCGCCUCCACCAAAGUGCCAGUGAAGUAUGGAGAGCUCAUUGUGCUAGGAUACAAUGGCUCUCUGCCCAACGGGGAUCGGGGGCGACGUAAAAGCCGCUUUGGACUUUGCAAGAGGCCGAAGGCAAACGGGGUGAAGCCCAGCACAGUUCACGUCGCCUGCUCUCCACAAGCAGCCAAGGCCAUAAGCAACAAAGACCAGCACAGCAUCUCUUACACUCUGUCUCGAGCCCAGACGGUGGUGGUGGAGUACACCCACGACAGCAAUACAGACAUGUUCCAGAUCGGUCGAUCCACAGAGAGUCCAAUAGACUUUGUAGUGACGGAUACAGUGGCAGGCAGCCAGAGUAACGCAGACACUCAGUCGGUCCAAAGCACCAUCUCCCGCUUCGCCUGCCGCAUUAUGUGCCAGCGCACGCCGCCUUACACAGCGCGCAUUUACGCCGCAGGCUUCGACUCUUCCAAGAGCAUCUUCCUCGGGGAGAAAGCUGCUAAGUGGAAGACAUCUGAUGGUCAGAUGGACGGGUUGACCACCAACGGCGUGCUGGUGAUGCACCCUCGCAACGGCUUCAGCCAGGACUCCAAACCAGGCGUCUGGAGGGAGAUCUCAGUCUGCGGCAACGUCUUCACCCUGCGAGAAACGCGCUCAGCACAGCAGCGGGGAAAGAUGGUGGAGACGGAGAGUCAGGAGCUCGUUGAUGGCUCCCUUAUCGACCUCUGCGGCGCCACCCUGUUGUGGCGCACUGCUGAAGGCCUGGCCCGCACUCCCACCCUGAAACACCUGGAGGCGCUGCGGCAGGAGAUCAACGCGGCCCGCCCGCAAUGUCCCGUGGGCUUCAACACGCUGGCCUUUCCCUCAAUGCGUCGCAAAGACACACCUGACGAGAAGCAGCCCUGGGUCUACCUCCAGUGCGGUCACGUGCACGGCUACCACAACUGGGGCAACCACCGCGAGGAGAGGGAGGGCCGGGAGGGCCGCCUCAGGGAGUGUCCCAUGUGCAGAACCAAAGGGCCGUACGUGGCGCUGUGGCUGGGCUGCGAGGCGGGCUUUUACGUGGACGCGGCCCCGCCCACUCACGCCUUUAACCCCUGCGGUCACGUUUGUUCGGAGAAGACUGCGGCCUUCUGGAGUCAGAUCCCGCUUCCUCACGGCACACACACCUUCCACGCCGCCUGCCCCUUCUGCGCCCAGCAGCUAAGCGGCGAGCAGGGCUACGUCAGACUCAUCUUCCAGGGACCCCUUGACUAACGGCGGGAACUUCCCAGCAUUCUUUGGAGGUUUUAUUUGGAUGCUGACCCCGUAUUUAACACGGGGACCUUCCCAGAUCUGUUUUUUUCUGGACUUUUUGUCUCUCUCUCAUUUUUAAGUGACCUUUGUAUUGCUUUUUCAUGAAUGACGACAAAGAUUUCUAUAUUUUCAUGUGAAACCAGAGACAGAAAAACCAAACAAAGAACACUGCUGGGUCAAACCUUUUUUGCGUUUGUUUCUUGGAAAGGACUUUCAACAGUAUUUAUCUAAAUUACUAUCACACCGCAGCGCAAACCUGCGGUUUUAUUCAUGUUUAUUGUUGCAUUAUACAUCUGUGUACAUCUCUUAGAGCUAAUUUAAACAAAGAUGUUUAUUUAUGGCCCUGGAGCAUCGCUUCAUCCUUUAUCUGUCAGAUAACUUCAAUACUAUUAAGCGUUUUAUUUUGAAACUUCAGUAUAUUGUUAACCAGAUAUAAAGUUUUAGGUGUGUUCUGAGGGUUUUGUUCUGUCUCUCUCUGCCUUGUUCACCACUCAGAUCUGUCAUAUUUAUACACCCCGUCCUCUCACGUCGUGUGUUUAAACCCUUCAGUUAUUCUUCUAUCCCAUUAGCCAUCACCACAGCCUUUUCCCUUGCAAAGCAAUAGAUCUGGAACUGAAACCUCCUAAAGCAUUAUGGGAAACCGAGUCUUCUAGGCAUCUUUGCAAAUGGCCUGAAUGACUGCUCCCUCCCUUUAAAGUGAAAUAUCUUUGUGGGUAAGUGAGUGAAUCUCUACGCAGCCAUGUAGCUAAUGUUAUACUUUACACAAACACACACACACUUGCAGACACACACGCUAACCAGACCAGAGGGGUGCACUGCAAACCAAGAUUAGUGGAUCAGCGAGGUAUCCUUAUCCUCAAGUCACAAAGAUGGCUUUCUGUUAACCAUGUCUAGAUCACAUGGUACGUUAUGCUGGUGACAUAAUCUGCUCCAGACUACGUUAGGUGUAAUGUUUUGAAGGAAGGAGUACCUUUUAAUUAUACUGGUGAAGGAAGACGUGCAAAAUGUGUUGCAUUGUCAUUGGGAGUUCUUGCAUUCAGCUGGUGAUGCAGGACAUGUAUAAAUAGUAAUUUUAUGCUUGACCUGAAAGCAUAUGGGGGGCAUAUAUGACCUGAAACCAGCAACUGAGCCCAUUAAGGUAUCAGGAAAGCGUUGACUCCAAUACAACCAGAAAGUGUUCUUGUAAACAGGAGUCGCCCCCUGCUGGCUACCUAAAUGAAUGCAGGCAUACGGUUUUCAGCCAUCUUUUACAGUGAAUAUGGUUAGAAGUGAAUGCGCUGGGCAGACUGUAUUAUUGAAGAAAGCCUGGCGGCCACAUUGACCUUGCUUCUCAGCACACCCCUCUGGUCAGAUGCUUUUCAUGUGUGGACAGUGUCUGGUUUAUUCUGCGUGAUAACUGGGAUGUCUGAGGCACACCUGCACAGUCAAAGCAAGAUCACUACUGUGCCAGAUGAGGUACGGUUUUCUGAUCGGUAUUAGUAUUGAGCUCCGAAUGUAUUAGACGUCCUUUUGACAGCAUUGCAGUUACGCCAGUAUUUUAAAAUCCUUUUCUUGUCACGUGCCCUACUGGAGGCUGGAAAAAAAUCUACGCACUAUUUGUUCAGCUACACCUAAAAGUAUGCAAACCGAGGCAGUUGAAGUCAUUUCAGCAGGUUUCUCCUCCUCUGGCGUGAAUCGUCACAGUGCAGGAAGUCCCAUCUGUCUUACGCAUCGAGCGAGCAACAAAAAGCAGGAGACACAAACACAUCUGCUGUGGUUUGACUCAGGUUUGACACAAGCACACACACACGCACGGCUUUAAGCUUCACAAUUCUCUUUAUGCACGCGUGUGCGCUCAUUAGGGCUUCGUGUUAACUUGUGCUUUCCAAACAAGGUCGAGCUUCAGAUAUCAGGGCUGCUCUUAGUUAUAUUUUAUGUUGAUUAAAAACAAGAAUGAGAGCUGUUAGGCUUAAUUUCUUAACUUUAUAGUUAAUAUAGUAACUUGGAGAGCUAUUAUAUAUACAUUUCUUUCAAUAUAGUGCUGAGUCAUUUUAAGCCUUUAUGAGAGAAAAUAGAAGAGUAGAGCAUAAAGUGUGAGACAUGAAAGGCCUCGUUUUGUAGUUUGUUUCCGAUGUAGAGCUCUGAUUUAAAUAUAAUAUAUUAUUCGAUAACCUUUUACUACAUAUGAUGAAAACUGUCUUCCACUGAUGCUUUUACUUUAAAUAAGGACCUAAACAACCAACUGCACUCUAUUAUCUUUAUAUUUAAACCACAUAAAUGCUUAAAUCUGUAAACGCCUUACGCCCUGGAGUUUCUUUAAUGGGACUUAAUCUGAGGAAAGAAGUUUUUCUCUGCUGACAUCUUAGCUUCAGGAUGGACGAGUUAGUCAGACUCGAGACAACCAGGUUCGAGAUAAACACAGUGGAAAAACCGCACAAUGAUGCCUCUUUAUUUUUAUUAAUUUUGUAUUGAUUCAUUGGAAGCGGAUAACAAACUGCUUCAGAACUUAUCAUAGAAACUAAAUGUGAACAAUAACUGCAUGUUCAAACUAAGUGUAGAGCUUUUUAAGGAGAGAUUUUUGUUUCAGCUCCAGUGCACGGGUUAGUUAUGUAUGAUUAGUUAUUUAAUAUCUGCCCACCAACCCGUCUGAUAAUCCUUUGACUAAAGAGUAAACGACGUUGAAACGUGACCUUAAACUUGAGAUUUGAUUCCUCUAAUAACAUCAGACUUGCACUAAACCACAAAUAUUUUUCAUUUUUCUUGUCUAAACUUUUCUUUUUAAAAGUCGCAGCACUACAGAUGCUCCAGAUUAGAUUCUCUUAAAGUAGCUUUGCAUGAGUCACAGUUCAAAAUAAUCCUUAUCUUUUACUGUGCCUUGGUUCCUCCCAUCAGUUCGUCCUCUGCAUGAAACAAGCAGUUUUAUCCCUUUUUUAAAAAAAAAUUAAGCCAACUUUCUUCUGAUUGGCUAUGCAAACAACAGGUGGGAUGUCAGCUCUGAAUGACAUCACACAGAGCUAAAAGUCGAAGGGGAAAAAAAAAAAAAUUCUGAAACUAGUUUGAAGCUCUGCCUCGAAAACAACGUAAAGCAGAGAUGCAAAAUAACCGAAUCCAACUUCAUGUGCUGAGGAAGACUGUGUGCUGUGAUCGAAAGCUCAGGAUGAGCUACUACAGAUCAUUUAUCAGAUGCUGUUUGAAAAGUUAAUGCUGACCUUGGAGACCACUGUCCUGAUAUUUGGAGCUUUAUGUGAAAGCACAGAUUCUCCUGCUGCACACAUCUGUAACAUCACUGCUGUUCGCCCACUUCACUCGAACGAGACACACACUCAAACUGUAGAAACCUCCAGAAAACGAAGCAGCUUUACUAACCAGUCACUUCCAAACUGUUCACACAGAGCCUCAGGUCUGCGUGGACACACUCGUAUCUGCAGGUAAAAGUAGUGCGUGUGAGUGCGAAGCUGUAAUUUAUACGUUCGUGUUGAUUGUAUGUGUGCAGUUUGUACGUGUGCUCAUGUGUCCACACAUUAAGUAGCUCUCCAGAUAAUGUCCAUCAGUAUCCUCAGAGUGCAACACACUAACUCACCUCAGGGAGAAAAUACGAAUAUGAAUCACACACACACACAAACACGCACACACACAGUUAAGGUCUACUGAGGAUACCUCACGAGUUAGAAGUCAAAUCUGGAUUCAGAUGUGCGUCCUGUCUCUCUAACCCAGUCUUCUGUCAUGGAUUAAGUGUGUGAUUUUUAAGGGCUUCCCUCCGUCUCUGUACUGUUUCUCUACACGAACACAGGCCUGACCCCGCCCCCGCCCUCCACUCGCUCUUCCUCCUCUCCUGUUCGGAGUGUAUUUGUGCUUGUAAAAGGCGAAAGCAAUGAAUGUUUCCAGCAAACACUUUUUUGUAAACGACUUUAAACAAUAAAGUGUAAAAGUGACACA